ACUCCGAGCCGCCGAGCCGCGAGGACGCUUGGCUGGAGCUGCCCCUCUGCAGCUGAGCCGGCGCCCCCUGCCCUUCGCCGUGGCGUUGGUCGGGCACCCCCGCCACCCUCGCUCCGUUCCUCCCGGCUCUCUUCCCCCCUCUCCUCUUGCAGGUCCCGGAGCUCCGCCACCGCCGGGUGCGGUGGGGCAGGCGCGAUGCAGCAGCUAUGCCGGGGCCGCGUGCUGGGCAUCACUGUGGCCAUCGCGCACGGGGUCUUCUCGGGCUCCCUCAACAUCCUGCUCAAGUUCCUCAUCAGCCGCUACCAGUUCUCCUUCCUGACCCUGGUGCAGUGCCUGACCAGCUCCACCGCGGCGCUGAGCCUGGAGCUGCUGCGGCGCCUCGGGUUCAUCGCGGUGCCCCCCUUUGGCCUGAGCCUGGCGCGCUCCUUCGCGGGGGUCACGGUGCUCUCCACGCUGCAGUCCAGCCUCACGCUCUGGUCCCUGCGCGGCCUCAGCCUGCCUAUGUACGUGGUCUUCAAGCGCUGCCUGCCCCUGGUCACCAUGCUCAUCGGCGUCCUGGUGCUCAAGAACGGCGUGCCCUCGCCGGGGGUGCUCGCGGCGGUGCUCAUCACCACCUGCGGCGCGGCUCUGGCAGGAGCUGGUGACCUGACCGGCGACCCCAUAGGGUAUGUAACCGGCGUGCUGGCGGUGCUGGUGCACGCCGCCUACUUGGUGCUCAUCCAGAAAGCAAGCGCUGACACCGAGCACGGGCCGCUCACCGCUCAGUACGUCAUCGCCGUCUCGGCCACCCCGCUGCUGGUCAUCUGUUCCUUCGCCAGCACCGACUCUAUCCACGCCUGGACCUUCCCCGGCUGGAAGGACCCGGCCAUGGUGUGCAUCUUCGUGGCCUGUAUCCUGAUCGGCUGCGCCAUGAACUUCACCACGCUGCACUGCACCUACAUCAACUCGGCGGUGACCACCAGCUUCGUGGGGGUGGUGAAGAGCAUCGCCACCAUCACGGUGGGUAUGGUGGCCUUCAGCGAUGUGGAGCCCACCUCCCUAUUCAUUGCCGGCGUCGUGGUGAACACGCUGGGCUCCAUCAUUUACUGCGUGGCCAAAUAUUUGGAAACCAGAAAGCAAAGCAACUACGAGGACCUGGAGACGCAGCCCGGGGGAGAGGAGGCGCAGCCAAGUGGAGACCAGCUGCCUUUCGUCAUGGAGGAGCUGCCCGCCGCCGAGGGCGGAAGUGGCGGGUCAGGAGGUGGGAAGGCAGCGGGUGGCUCCACUCAGCAGGGUGGGCAAGAGGCGAGGGGUAGCCCGAGAGGAGCCCCACUGGCGGCCAGGAGCACGCAGGUCUCAGACAGCCCUGAAGAAAUGAGCAGGAGGUCAUUAAAGGAUGCUUACCUGGAAGUGUGGAGGUUAGUUAGGGGAACCAAGUAUAUGAAGAAGGAUUAUUUGAUAGAAAACGAGGAGUUACCCAGUCCUUGAAAAGGAAAUGCAUGUAUGUAUAUAUGUACACACACUUAUUUUAUAUGUUAGAGAGGACAUAUUUUAAUGAGGAGCCGCCGAAUUUUAUGCUUUGAGGAGUGGAGGAAGGGAAGCAAAGAAGGAAGCUGAGCCACCUGACAGUAGCAAAAUUAGCACCCGCCGUGCGUGAAUUAUUUAGUGUGAGUUUACCUGAGGCAUCAUGUAGACAAAUGGAGGUGAAGGUGCAUAACAAAGCAGGGCUGGCUUUCAGCUGCAGACUCCUGGCACAUUCUUGUCAUUAUAACCACAGCCAAGUAUCUGUGUGUACCAAGAGUCCCUCAACCCCCUCCUCCAAAGAUGGAGUGUAGAAAUGUUAACAGGGCUGAAUAAACUCGAAGAUCACACACAGGGGCACCUUUCUGAUGAUAGAGCUACAGUUUUUAUGGCUGGAAAGAGUAUAUUCUUGAAACUACGUAUUUAAACACACCGAAUGGAUGUUUACUGUUUAUAGUCAUCUGAAACAUCAUGUUUACUCUGAUUUUCCUCACUUUAAAAAAAUAUAAGUGCUCUAUCAUUCUAUUCUAUAUUGGUAGAAAAUGUUCAAGCUAUUUUGAAAACACGAGUUCUUAGCUUUAAUCAUAAAGUUUAAA